GGUAAUGGCACUAUUGAUCAACACUUCCGACGAGCUGUUGUGGAACCUCUUUUCAAAAAGUUUGAAAAGAGGAAGACCGAGUAGAGAGUCCGAAGGGCAGGCAGCAGGGAACUGCAUGUUGACUCCACACUUUUCUCGCCUGCUCCUAUAAGCACUCCCCAAGAAUCUGUCUCCCUCGCAUGUGGGGACUGGGAGUGAUGAUCUCUCUCUCAUCAAGGGGGGGCCUCCCCACCAAUACCAACUGGCCUGUAAAGAAUACCCAACUGAAUCUCAGGGACGUGUUGUUCUGAAACACGUCUCCUUCUCCUCGUUUCCAUCCUCUGUUGCCCCUUGCUCUUCCUCGAACCUCUCCAAGAAACCAUGAGCAUCGUCAUCAGAGCUCGCUCCGCCACCCGCCUGCUUCGGCUGCUUCCUUCCCUUCAAACAGCAACCGCGAUCCCCUCCGUCUACGCCCGCUCGCUUGAGUCACCACCAUGCCUACCACCCUUCCUCCCCACCAGCCAACAGCCCUUCUUCUGUCCCCAACCACACUCCCCAUUCGCCCUCUUGGGAAGUGCUAGGCCUUUCUGUAGCUCCAGGCCGGAGUCCGCACAAGAGUCACAGCCGGAGGCCAGUACCAAAUCGGUGCCUGUUCACGUCGCUCAUGAGUUGCUUCAGGCUGGCCAUCGUUACUUGGAUGUUCGGACUGCUGAAGAAUUCAACGCUGGCCACCCCAUAGGAGCUAUUAAUAUUCCCUAUAUGUUCAAAAAUGGAGAAGAAAUGACAAAGAACCCGAAGUUUUUGGAAGAAGUAUCGCAACACUUUGGAGAGGGGGAUCAGAUAAUUGUGGGAUGCAAAAGUGGUAGGAGAUCACUAUUGGCCGCCAGUGAUAUGUUGGCUGCUGGAUACAGUGGAGUUACUGAUGUUUCUGGAGGUUAUACCGACUGGGUAGAGAAAGGAUUUCCAACGAACUGAUCUCUAUCUCUCUCUCUCUCUCUCCCUCUUUCAAAAGUGGCUACGAUGAGAGACAUAGCUGAUCAAGCAAUGGACUACGCUGUCAUAAGGAGAUGGGCGUAUGCAAUUGCAUUGUUCAUGCACGAAUUUGCAUUAUAACUUGCAGGAUCUUGUUUAUUUUCUCACCGAUCUUGCUGCAAAUAAUUAUUCAAGGAUGAGAUGCAUCACUCCUUUACGAGUGCAUCCGACUGAAGUAAAAUAAGAUACUCCAAACAAAAGCUGUUGUUCAAUUCAAGUGCCUGCAUUAUGCUUAAGAUGCACAUAUAUUUAAUUGAAUUCCAAGUAACUGUUAUAAAAAAGGAGCUGUAUGUACU